CAAGGGAUGUACACUGGGAUGAUGAAGCUGUCAGUGUUUAUGCUGCUGGCCCUGCCGGCUCUGUCCCUAGCCAGUCCACUGGACAUCAAAAACAACACAGAGCAAACGGCAAUGACAAAUGUCUCCUUCAUGAACUCAAAUGGCAGUGAUGAAAUGAUUGCGAGCAGAUUGCCGCUAUCAGAUCGACCUCUUCUGACUGUUGCCAAGUUAAGGCAGAUGAGGCAGGUUAAGUCUUCCUCCUUUGUGUCUAACGAUGGCUCUAACCUGGAGUGGGUGACCUGGAACAACUCUCUCCCAAACGAUGCUGUAUCAAUUUACAAUGGAUAUGUCAAUCGUAUUGAUUAUGUCUGCAAAUACAGGUGUGAGGCUGGCUUUUAUACACCCAGUAAGGGCCCUUACUGCCACUAUUCCGGCACAAAAAAAGCAUAUUCUGGUUCCCCGUUUGAGAUUCUGGUGAACAAAAACAACUUUGAGAUCCUGCAGUGGAAGGAGGAUUCGUAUGGUUCAGUGCCCCAGAAUUCAGUCAGAACCUGCCCUGGGGAGAACAUAUAUGUAGGGAAGAACAAAUAUGGACUUGGGAAGGUUUCUACUCAGGAUAAGGCCUUCUACCUGCCGUGGGAGGGUUCUGAAUAUUGGUACAACUACUAUGAGGUCCUGACCAUCAAUGAGAAUAUAAUCAGCCAGAAGAUCUAUGAUGUCAAGUAUAAUAUUGAUGAGUCUAAAAUCUUAAAAUAUCCUCCAGAGAUCAUACGAAAAACAGCCAUCAGUAACUACGAAUGCCGCUCAGUGGUGAAAACAGAUUCCCUCUCAAAGACAUAUCAGGUUGAGCAAAGGUGGGACUUCACCUCUGCUAUCAAAGUUGGUGUUAGAACAAGCUUUGAAGUCGGCAUCCCUUUCUUCAGCACAAAUAUUGAGAUCAGUAGUGAGGUGACAUUAGAGUACUCCAAGGGAGAAAUAGUGACAGAAGUAAUCACUGAUACUGUUUCUGUGGAGAUCACAGCUCCGCCAAACCGCUCCUGCAUAGUUAAUAUGGAGCGGUAUACGUAUAAGAUUGACAUCCCGUUCACAGCACGCCUCAGCCGCACCUAUGGUAACGGGGAGAUCCACACGACCUCCAUCACUGGGACGUAUGACAGCGUUCAGGUUGCAGAAGUCCGGGCAGUGGUGGACCGAUGUGCACCUGUGGACAACCCCCAGCCGUGCACAUGAAAUGCAUAAAGCCCCACAUGAUGUCUGACAUAAUGCAUUUGUAUGUUUAAGGUUUUUUUUAAUUCUUUUUUAUUCUUUUUUUCACUUUCAAUUUUUGAGGAUAUCUAGCUCUUGUUCUCAUUGAAUUGAAUGCCCUUAUUGUCAGACACUUUGGACAAAAGCCAAAUCAAUGUAAUGUAAUUACAUAUCCUAUUUUUACAUUUUGAGACUUAAUAAACUCUUUAAAAAA